CCUGCUGUGAUGAGUCAUUCAAAGUCCCAGAGAAAUGCAUCAGUCCACACCUGAAUGCGGCCUCCAAAAGUAGUCUGGUGAUUAGUGCAAUCCAUGUGCCGAUUCAUCAUCCCUCACUGCUCUUAUUGUUCAGCUUUUCUUUUAUUGCUUUUUUUUAAAGAUUUUUUUGGGGGGCUUUUAUUGCCUGGGGCACACACACACACACAGCCUCUCCCUUAAUUUCUCCUUUACCCCUCAUUCUUAUUUACAGAUUUCCUAUUUAGAUUUGUGAUUUAGCGUCUCUUUAUUCCUCUUCAUUAUGUCUUCUGUCCAGGUUUGUGACGAUCUACCGCGGUCCCAGCCACACCUACAAGGUCCAGCGAUUGACUGAGUCCAGCAGCUACAGCUUCAGAAUACAGGCUAUCAGUGACGCCGGGGAAGGUCCUUUCUCUGACACACACACUUUCUGCACCACCAAGUCUGUACCCCCUGCCCUCAAAGCUCCCAGAGUGCACCAGCUGGAGGGCAACACGUGUGAGAUCACAUGGGAGACUAUCCCACCAAUGAGAGGAGAUCCUGUCAGCUACGUUCUCCAGGUGCUGGUGGGACGAGAGUCAGAAUACAAACAGGUCUUUAAGGGAGAGGAGGGUAUGUUCCAAAUCUCUGGCCUCCAGGGCAACACAGACUAUCGUUUCCGCGUGGGCGCCUGCCGCCGUUGCCAGGACACCUGCCAGGAACUGUGCGGACCACUGAGCCCCUCCUCCUUGUUCGCGCUGCGUCGCCAGGAGUCGGCGUCGUCGGGAGAGCUUUGUGCUGUCGAAGCGGGCAAAGGCGUGGGCCUGAUCUCCAGCGAUGAGCGCUUCGCGGCGCUCAUUGUGUGCGUGUUCGCAGGCUUCUCCAUCCUCAUCGCCUGCUUGCUACAGUACUUCUUCAUGAAGUGAGGGAAUUUUAACUAUAGGAUAGAAAGAGAAAGCGAAAUCACAGAGAAACUUUAAAAAAAACGUCUAUGAAAGAACCGAAUGAAAUCAAAACAAACACUUGAGAUGUACUUCUAAGGCUAUGUAUGUUUUUUUUUUUUUUGUUUAUUUGUUUUUUAGUCAAAGUAUCGAUUCUGGCUUUCCUCACGAUGUUCCCGUUGUCUUCUGCCGUCACUCAGUUUGGUCUCCUUUCUCUCUCUGUUGUCCUCAUUGUCUGUCUCAUGUAUUAAGGAUUUCUGUCGAGGGAAGCCUUGUCUUAGCUGUACCUCGGUUGGGAAAGAAAACUGAUAAUCAAGCCUUAAAAUAGCUGUGAGCAAAAGCAGUUGCUCCUCAGACUGACUUGCAUGUUUUUAUUUUGUAUCUUUUUAAAACAUAUACGAUUAGAGAACGUGUAUAUUUCUUGACGGUCAUUGCCUUACUUUUUUUUUGUUUUUCAGUGUUUAAUUUACCUUUUUUUUUUUUGCUGCAGUCUUUAUUCAUUUCAGCCAUAUUCCAAUGUAGGCCUAUGAAGCUUUAGCUGUUCAUACCUUAUUAUUCAGUUUACUCUUACAGACUGUCGGUCAAAUCAUGCAAUCUGCAUCUGCUCUCACACUCAGACUGA